AUGCCCAAUGUCGGUUUCACUAUUAUGGAAAUUCUUGGCUUACCAGAUACAGCGCCUUCUGUUCAUGUGUCUUCUAACUCGGAAAUGGGUACUUCUGAAAAUGCCUACUCCACAACUCCUGGAGUCAGAAAAGCACUUCCUGGAAGUGACGAGUAUUCAGUGAGAGAUCAGUCGACUCAAACGGACAGCGGGUUUGAAACGGCAAGCAACACAAUUCAAGAAGGUCGAUUGCCAGACAGUAAAGAAAACACGUCGCCAAUUGUCGGAGGUCGUCACAUUGAUUUAACCCCCACGUCGUCUCGAGAGAGGUCCCUGCCUACCCCACCAAUUUCUUCUUCCGCACCCCUCAACAGUACCAAUGCACAAUAUCUCUCCGAGGAUGUUGGAGCUCCGGUGUCAAGUGUAAUCAGAGGUGAAAGAGGGAAUUCGGAUAGGAAAGUGCACGAGUGCACCUACUGCCAAAAACGAUUUGAUAGGCCAUCUCUCCUCAUUAGACACGUACGCAUCCACACUGGCGAGAGACCAUUUGCGUGCUCACAUUGCAGUAGUCGCUUCACCACCAAGGGUGCAUUGAUGGACCACGAAAGCUCGCACACUAAGGAGAGACCGUACACAUGUCAGUUCUGUGGCAAGGCAUUCCCUGCUGUUUCCAACUGCUGGCAUCACAUUCUCAGCCAUGUGUACAUCGAAUGUAGAGCAGGCUUCUUGACACCAAAUCAGUAUCGAUUGAGGAGUCAUGAGUAUGUUAACUCCGUGGAGAAGCCCCACAAAUGUCACUCUUGCCCAUGUGCCUUCACUACCAAGGCCUCACUUAAGGCGCACAUCAGUGGCAAACAUGGUGAAUUUUCCAUGCAUUCGAGCAUUUCCCAACACUCAGAAGGCAGAGAAGGCGAGUCCUCCAAUACACCACCUACCUCGAUGCGUGUGCACCGUCCAAGUGAACCAAGUACUUCACACGCCAACUACACAACAGAUGACCCCACUGAUGGCACUGACACCAACCAACCUCCAAACCAAAUGGCUCUCUUAACCCACUCGCACAUCAACGAACCCACUUCGUCUUCACCUCAACUCGCCUCUCAGCCUACUCCCUCUCAUGAAGAAGAAGAAGAAGAAGANAGAUCAGUCGACUCAAACGGACAGCGGGUUUGA